AUGGAUAACAAUCAUCGUAAUAACUAUUCUGAGUAUUAUGAUUUUGAUAACUCAUUUGACCCAUUUCUCCAUAACUUGAUCGACCGGGACAUCUCUAUUUUCGACCUAUCCAAUGAUGAAUUCAUUGCACUAUCCCCGCAACAAAAUACAUUGCCCCAACACCAAUAUGCACUGCCACAACAACAACAUGCACUUCCCCAACAACAAAAUCCACUGCCCCAACUCUUACAUGAACUGCCUCAAAACCAAAAUGUUUAUCCCUUUGGCGUUGAACAUAUCGAUGUUCCCUUCCUGAAUCCAACGUUCCAAGAUCAAUCCAUGCAUGGAAAUUAUAAUUUCACCAUUGGAGGAGGAGUUCCUCACAUUGACGUGGAGGGUCCAUCGAGGAGGAAGGGUGAACAACUAGUGGCUGAACAUCCAUUAUUAAGGCAUGGUAUACUGAACGAGGAAGACGUGAUAGCCCUUGAUCAUUGGCCCCCGUCACCAAAGUCAUUCUCUUGCUCUUGCUGUCAAAUUCUUAGACAAAUAAUUCACACAGAUGGUUUGAAGUUUGAAAAGCUAGAGAUUCAUGGAUCGCUCGGGGUGAUUGGGCAUGCAAUAGUCCACAUUCAGGAUAUGACACGGGGAGGAGGUGAACCUCCAAGUGAAAUUUAUCUAAUGAUUGAUUUCAGCCGCAAAAGCAUAGAACAAAUAAGAAGUUUCCUAGUAGCGUACUGCAAGGAUCAAACAAGAUUAGGGCUCGUUGCUCUGGACGAUCCGUUGUCUACGUAUUAUGAUACCAUCUGCACUGGACUGGAUUGGGCUGAACAUUAUAAUGACGGAGACGAUGAUUUGAGUCCACGUUA